AUGGCGGCCAACAAUACCAACGCCAACUUUCCAAUCACUGUCGCCGAAGACGGCUGGUCAACAGACGAAGAGGCAACAGCAACCUGUUUCUGUGGUGCUGUUCAGCUAGCAUUUCCAACCCAAGGCCCAGGCCUCAUCAACACAUUCGUGUGCAACUGUGCAGACUGCCGCAAGGUUACAGCGUCGAUGUUCGCAUCCAACUUCAGCAUAGACGACAAGUAUCUCAGGCACCUGCGGGGCCAGGAGAAUCUCAGCAGCUGGGGUCAGGCCAAGACGGUGUCCUCGGGCAACAAGAUGACCAACUACUUCUGUUCCACGUGCGGGACUUUGAUGUAUCGCGUGUCGUCUGGAUAUCCCGGGAUGAGCAUCCUGCGCAUCGGGACUGUGGAUGACUUCAGCCUGGCUGAGGGGAAGCUCAAGCCCCGGACUGAAUGUUUCAUUGAGCGCCGGGUAGGGUGGCUGUCGGGUGUUGAGGGGGCAAAGCAUGUGGAGGGCUUCAAUCCAUGA